AUGUCUCUGAGUGUUUAUGAGGAUCUGAUCUACUUUGAGGAGCUGAACAGAGCAGAUCGAGACGAGAUAACGGUGGUUAUAUACGAGAGUUCAGAUGCUGUAAGAGGCCGUGACACCAACACAAAGAUGGAGGACACCAACACGAUGAGGAUCCUGAAGACACAUCGCUCUGCAGGAAGCAGACGCUACAGACUGGCUGCAGUGGGUCUGGGUCUGCUGUGUGUUCUCCUGCUGACUGCCAUCACAGUGCUGUGGAUCCAGUUCAACCACCUGACUGCAGAGAGAGACCAGUUACAGACCAGUAAAACCAACCUGACUGCAGAGAGAGACCAGUUACAGACCAGUUACACCAACCUGACUGCAGAGAGAGACAGGCUCCAAAGAAGGUUUUCUGAACUGGUAAAAGCCAGUGAGGAGGGAUGGGUCAACUUCAACUUCAGUCUUUACUACGUCUCUACUGAGAAGAAGAUCUGGACUGAGAGCAGAAACGACUGCAGAGAGAGAGGAGCAGACCUGCUGAUCAUCAACAGCAGUUCUGGAUAA